AACUCACCUUUAAUUGUAAAUACUGUAAAUGAAGUCUGAAAUUAGCCGACAUGACCAGUGGCUACUUUCUGUUUACAAAUUAAUAGUGUAAGGAAUCAAUAACGCCUGAAUGGACAGUGUAUUUACAUAGACGCGAAGUACGACUAAUUAGCUUUGUUUGUGAUUAAUUAUGCCUUCUCGGAGCGAAGAUAUACUUAAAGGCUUUCAGGUAAAUUGGAUGAAUUUACGAGAUGCCGAUAGUGGUAAAAUACUGUGGCAAGGCAACGAAGAUUUGUCUGUACCUGACGUCGAACACGAGGCAAGAGUACCCAAAAAAAUUCUAAAAUGUCGUGCAGUAUCACGAGAAAUUAAUUUUAGUUCCGCAGAACCAAUGGAAAGGUUUAGGUUAGAGCAGAAAGUAUUGUUUAAAGGUAGAUGCCUGGAAGAAUGGUUCUUUGAAUUUGGAUUUGUCAUACCUAACAGCACUAACACGUGGCAAAGUUUAAUCCAAGCUGCUCCAGAAAGCCAAAUGAUGCCUGCUAAUGUGUUGAAUGGGAAUGUUGUGAUAGAAACGAAAUUUUUCGACGACGAUCUAUUAGUCUCUACCAGCAAAGUUCGUCUUUUUUAUGUCUGAAUAUUGAUUCUAAUAACGAUACAUGGGUCCAACUAAUGUGUUUUGACAUGCACACAUGAGGAGGAAUACUAAAAAUGAUAAUAAUUUUAAACAAAGUUCAUAUUGAACAUUUUACUUCAUGCACCUACUGUGAUACGCACUGUGCUAAAUAUAUUUUCUCACAUUUUCAUGAGUAAAACAUAAAUAGCACUAUUUCAGUUUUAUACAAGCUAAUAAGAAGUUACCAUGGUAGUGCUUCAAAUAUGAAAUGUGCACUUUUAAGGCACAGUACAUUUUUAUUUAAAUAUGAAUGGAUGUAGCAAAUUUUGUACAUAUUGUAAUACACUACACUGUUCUAAUAAAGAAGAUGUAUAAAAGUU